AGUGCUAGUUUCACGUUCGCUUUGCGUAGUUUGUCCGGCCGUUCGCGUGUUCAUUCGUUUGUUUACGCUCGCAUCGAUCGUUCGCGCGCUUGGGCUCGGGCGUCGUGUACCUUACGCAGCCGUACGCUACGCAAAGAACCGUCGGGGUAGGCAGCUGUGUUGGACGCGCAAAAGCGGUUUCAAGUGGUGCUCGUCCGUUUUUUGUGUUUUCGCAUUUUAUCAGUUAUAAUACAAAUAGUGGGAAAAAGUGAUUACAGAUAAGCAGAUAUUGCUUUGCAUGUUGCACCAAGCUGCUUGCAAAUCGUGGCGUAUUAGCGUUACCUCGCAGUAGCAGCUCAACGUCAACGACAAGAUCAAAAGCUAGCAGCCGUGUUAAUGCCAACCAGAAGCAGCUCCGGAGCAGCUAAACAAAAUCGCAAACUGAGAGAUAAUUGAAUUGGCACCCCACGCGCGGACGUCCUUUUUUGUUGCUGUGAAGAGCGCAUUCCUCGGGUGCAUUAUCGAGUGCAAGUGGCAUCCAGGUUUCGCUGGUCCGAGAGAUUGAGUGUUCUCCGAAACGCGUCAAACGCAGACGCAGAGAUAGUGAAGUGUUAAAAUUAACGCUGCUCUCGUUCGCCGUUCAAUUAACAAUCUCUGUGUGUGUGUGUGGCCUGUGCUCUUGAGUGAGUGUGUUUGCAGCCUGUGCAGCAGCUAGUGUGCCAAAGUAUGGAUUGGGCGAGUGUAUUAUGCAACUGUGCUAGAAAUAUACAUAUUGCGAGCAAAUAUUUCCCCGAUGCACUCGAGUCCGUCCGUGCUCCGUUUUUCAAUUAGCCACAAUUAGUCGCUAGCGAAGAGGUGGACCCCGUUCGAGCGUUAUCGCUAAACGGUGAGCAAGCACUGGGAAGGCAAAAAGCCCAAAGUCAAGCCGCCGCCGCCGCCGCCACCGAGAAACAGAUACGCCAUUUGAUAGCGCACACAAAUUGUGCACAAUUAUCGUGGCCGUUCGCCGUGAGGAUCCACAGGCUUUGAAGUGUGUAUUUGAAGUUGAGAAAAGUACGGGACAGAAAAACGGACAACACACACACACAUACGCUCUAGUUUGCUCCACGACGACGAACAGGAAACCCGUUCGGAGCAUCCUUACAAAAGGAGAAAAAAUAACCCCACGGACGAACAUACACUCCACAACAAGGGGUAGACGCUCGCGCACCAGUGCGAGCGCGUAAUACCGGUUCAAAAUUUACAACAUCGCACGGCUUGCGAACCUAGAUCAGCCCAGUCGACCAAUGGGCAUAUCGGACGAGGGCAACCGGCUGGAGGAUAUUGGACCCCAUGAGGCACGGCCACCGCAGGGCAGUCCACUGGAGCGUAGCGCUAGCACCGGCCAACUGAUGGGCAGCAGUGGGGGCGACCCGAACAGCCCACUGUCCGAUCCGCACAGUGACGAUGGGGGGGAUGAUUUUGCGCCAAAGAGGAAGCAGCGACGGUACCGGACGACGUUCACGAGCUUCCAGCUGGAGGAGCUGGAGAAAGCGUUUUCGCGGACGCACUAUCCGGAUGUGUUUACCCGGGAAGAGCUAGCGAUGAAAAUAGGACUGACCGAGGCCCGAAUACAGGUUUGGUUCCAGAACCGAAGGGCGAAAUGGCGCAAACAGGAAAAGGUCGGACCGCAGGGACAUCCGUACAAUCCGUAUCUGGCGAGCGCGGCCCAAGUCCCGUCGGCAACCGUCGUCGCACCUUCGCUGCAGCCCAACCCGUUCAGCCAUCUUGGCUUCAACCUGCGCAAACCGUUCGAUGCGGCUAGCUUGGCCGCGUUCCGGUACCCAUCGCUCGGUGCUAGCCAUGUGCUACCGUCGGCCUACUUCAACCAAUUCCACCGCGUCUCACCGUUCUCUUCCUUCGUUGACGAAUUUUGCAGAGCGCCACCGCCACCGCUGCUGCCCCCGGGCGUCGGUUCGCUCUACACACCGACCGCCUCCUUCCAGACGCUGUUGGCGAACAUUUCGGCGGCCCAACGCGCACCACCCAACAUGCCACCGUCGAAACCUCCGAGCUCGGGCGGUGUGGAGUAUAUGCAGCACGGGCCACCACCCAACAUGCCACCCGGUGGUGGUCCCGUUCCCACCUCGCCGGCCUCACCGCCCAUCUCGCCGACCGCGCUACCGCCCGUUGUGCCAGUUCCUCAGGCGGCGUUACCGCCUCCUCCACCGCAACCACCGGCAGGGUCCGCGUCACCACCGCAGGCCGACCGGCGCAGUUCGUCCAUUGCCGCGCUGAGGCUGAAGGCACGGGAGCACGAGCUCCGGUUGGAGAUGUUACGUCAAAAUGGGCAUAGUGAUAUCUUAAGCUAGGACUCUGCACUGAGACGACGGAGCACACGGUUCGAACUUCAUCCGGCAGCUCCAAUAAAAUGGAGCUCAAAGAUCCUAUAGAUAGACUACCGGACACCAACUUAAAGCAAUAGGACGAUGUACUCGAUAGAAUUAGCAGGAACUUUACUCCCAACUGCACCAGCAAAACGAGUUCCGAACGUGAGGAGAUUAGACCGGCAUUCAAUCAUUAGGACACUCAAUUAAUCAAAUUAAGCUCCAGCCUCCUCCCCCAGGUUUUCGAAAAAAAGGGGAGCACGCACACUAAAUUAAGUCUUCGCCACAAUCAAGAAAUCCCCGGGUCGAAGAUUUCUCGUAAGACACUCCUAUAAUUACUCCGAGCUCUCCGCUCUCGCUCGUGUAGCCUCGGGAACGGUGUGGCGUGCCAUCAGCCGUCCGCCUAGCGUGACAAACGUCAGCACAAACGGGGGCCGCCGUUUUGAUCCCUCUCCGCAAAGCCGCAAAUUGCCACAAAUUACACAACACUGUCCGACCGAACGGCUUCCGAUUCCUUCGGUGGGUGGGGCCGACUUCGACUUCGAGUUCAAUGAAAACGUCAUCCAGACACGUCACACUUGGGUACCUGGGUCGAGCGUGUCCGCUUCCGUGGCAGCAAUCAAAAAUUGUUGUUGAAUGAAUGAAAUUCUACCAAAAAAACAAAACCAUCCUCCCCAACGCCAAUCGUCCAUCGUCACCUUGAUCGAAACGAUUUAUAUCUUGAUGCCAAAAGGCACAGAAAAAAACCCCGAGUUCAUCAUUAUACAUUCCAUGCGGCGGCUUCCGGGGCUUUCGGGGACGGUGGUGGUCACUUUCUGAUGGCGUAUUUUUCAUUCGCAAACGUGGUGAUUAUAACCAUUAUCACCAUGCGAGUCUGUGGCCACGCACGGCAGCGUGAGUGUUGUUUCUCCCGUGCCUAACAGUGCAAACCGGGCAGAGAGCCCUGAGGGAAUCGGGAUGGCUUCUGGUUUUCCGCAUUGAUGCACGUCCUGGUCGGCCGGAAGCGUCGGGUGUUCGGCAAUAAAAACAAAGAAAAGCUGGACAGAAAACGAUCGAGCGAAGCAUUACUGGGAAGGUGCAUAGCGAUGGCCUGGAGUUAAUUUUCAUUUCAUUCUAGUGGGGAGUUCUGAGUAAUCUGACGAGAACACGUUUGUUAAUCAAUGGAAAAAUUGACGGCUUCAAAAUGCCGCCGGAUGGCCUGAUUGUUGAUACUGAGAAACGCACACUGACGAGCGGGAUACAAAUUGAGUUUUCUGGAGAAUCGCAUAAAUCACCUCCCAUUAAAAAGGGUCCUUCUAUUAAUUGGCUUAAGACACUUCAUACAGAAACACUGGACUCCCUGAAAAUGGCAGAUUUACUUAAUUAGAGAAGCUUGUCCAAUAUGUUUUAGGCUCUAGAGAUAAUGGUGAGCGCAGAAUGAACGCUGUAUAAAAUGAACGAAAUGAACCUUCCUUCCUUCUGUACAUAACGUAUGAUCCAAGGAUCGAAAAGUAGCAAACAGCAAAGCAGCCGAAGCGUGGCGUCAUAGCAACAACAAAAGCUGCAACGUGUACCAGUGUAGAAUAACUAUCUUAGUAGCCAGUUAGUGCAGCCAGUUUGCGAACCGAUGCGUGCGCAAUGGAAUCGCAGCGCAAUUAUUAAAUGACUCCUUCUUUUGUUUUUCCGUUUUCGAAAACCUGUACAUAGAGUGAAACGGCACUGAAAGGCGCAUGCGUUUGAACAGUAGGUGUGUAAGUUGUUUUUGAUUGCUGAAAAAAUAAACUAUUUAAUGAACACAA